AUGAUAGAGCCAUCUAUGAAGGGAGGAGAUGUGCCGUUCGCGUUGCUCGAAACUGCACGGAAAGGGUGCCAUUGCCGUUCCGGUUUUACUCUAGCCGACGAUGGUCGUUCUUGUGACGAAAGCCUGAGCGGUUGUCAAGUAGCAAACGGUGGCUGUCAGCACGACUGCUACGAUCAACCGAACGGUAGCCAUGUGUGCAAGUGCCGCGACGGUUAUGAUUUGGGUGUCGAUGGGAAAAGUUGCAUCGAAAUGCAUUCCAUUGCUCGAUGGCAGUCUCCUCGAUUAGUUGUCGGCGGUUACGAGGAUUCGUCGUGCCUUUUGAAUCAGGGUUCAUGUCAUCGUCUCUGUAUGGACUAUCGCUCCAACGAGAUUCAGUGCUACUGCAACGCUGGUUAUCUGCUCAACGAAAUCGAUAGGCACUCGUGCCAGGAUAUCAACGAAUGCUCCGUAGGGAAUGCGGGCUGCUCACAACUUUGUAUCAAUCUUCCGGGCUCUUAUGAAUGUCAAUGCAAGAGUGGUUAUAUCAUGACCUACGAUGGGAGAACUUGUGAAGAUAUCAAUGAAUGCGUUCUGAACAAUGGCGGCUGUCAACAUUCAUGUACGAAUAUGCCAGGCGGUUACAAGUGCUCUUGCGAGGAAGGAUAUCGGCUGGCCGAAGAUGGCCACUCAUGCUACGAUGUCAAUGAAUGCCUUGUGAAUAACGGUGGCUGCAGUCAGCUUUGUCGCAACGAUGAAGGUGGUCGACAUUGCGAAUGUUUCGGAGGAUACGUGUUAGGAAAAGAUGAGAAGACAUGCAUG